GUCGUACUAUGGAAAUAUAAUGUAGCUCCUACCACUGAAAAUAUAUAUGUGAUAUAUUAUAUUAGGUGAAAGAUAAUUAUAAAUGGAAGCGAAAUAUGCCAAAAUAUACAGGGUGUCCCAUUAAAAAAAAACAUAAGUUUGUAUUAUAUUUCCAUAGUGCGAUCCCCUAAAAAAAUUUUUGUCGCCACUGAUUUCUUUUAUAAUAGAUCUAUCAAAGUUCCCACAAAGUUUUUUAAUAUUUUUCUUAAUAAAGAAGUUAUAGAGUCUUGUGGUUUUUGACAGUUUCCAAUAAUCGCCCUCUAUCUCGCAAAUGAAGGGACCUAUUGAAGGUUUGAUUAGGCAAUCGUUACUUUAUUAAAAAAAGAAGUCACGACACCUUAACUCCUUUUUUAGGGUUCCGUACCUGAAAGGUAACUAAAGGAACUCUAUUAAUAUGACUCCGAUGUCCGUCUGUCAGCGACCUCUAGCUCGUGAACCGUACUUGUUAGAGAGUUGAAAUUUUGACAGAAUGUGCAUUUCUGUUGCCGCUAUAACAACAAAUAAUAAAAAUUAAAAUAAAUUUAAAAGGGGGGCUUAAAAAGGGGGGAUUCCCUACUAGAAACGUGUUUUCUUACUUGUUUCUUUUACAAAAGUAUUUAAAAAGUACCUACAUAGUAUAUGACUAUAAAAAGGUGGAAUGGGGUUGCCCCACAGUACUUAGGCCUUACUAGGACCAUUGUGCAUCCUCCCUAAUUAGAAUUAAUUUGUACAAAAGUACCUGCAUAGUAUGGGUAUAUAAGGAGAGAUAGUGUAAUUAGUUGCCCUAUAGUACUUAGGCCUUACUAGGACCAUUGUGCAUCCUCCCUCUGCUGUCUCUCCGUCUGUCUGUCAGCGAAAUGUAUCUCAUGAACCGUACUAGGUAGAGUUGAAAUUUUCACAGAAUGUAAAUUUCUGUUGCCGCUAUAACAACAAAUAAUCAAAAUAAAUGAGAAAGGGAGGCUUAAAAGGGGGGCUUCCCUACUAGAAACGUGUUUUCUUACUUGUUUCUUUUACAAAAGUAUUUUAAAAGUACCUACAUAGUAUCUGUCUGUAAGGAGAAGGGGGUUGCCCUGCAGUACUUAGGCCUCACUAAGGCCAUUGUGCAUCCUUCCUACAUAGUAAUAACUUGUGAAAAAGUACCUAUAUCUGUCUGUUAGAAGGGGAAAGGUGGGUUGCCCUACAUUACUUAGGCCUAACUAGGACCACUGUGCAUCCUCCUUACAUAGUAUUAACUUGUACCAUCGUACGGAACCCUUUAUGUGCGAGUCCGACUCGUACUUGGCCGGUUUUAUUUCUAUCUCCUGCAGUUUUCGCUACACCUUGCAAAACAUACCAAUUUGGGACACCCUGUACGGUAGAUGAUAAUGUAGGUAUGAUGACAUUCUAAAAAAUUGAAUAUACUAGAAUACUAGGUUCUUUUUCCUGUCGCUUCUUGUCAUAUGCUUAUCCCUUGACGAGCCCUUGAUUAAACUAACAAAUAAGAUUUAAACUCUUGAGAAAUACUAGGAACAUUUUUGAUAAUCACUUUCCUACUCUAAUUUUAAUAGGAUUUUAAACAUUCUAGUUACUUCUGGUAUUUCGCAAAAGAAUCCUUAAAGCAGUUAAAAUCUUUUUUUGAUUUUCAUUGUUUUCUUUCAUCAAAUUAAGUUUUCUUUUGCAAUAUACUUUUCUGAACUGCAUGAAUUUUAUUUUGUUUCCAUAAUAAUUUGCCAUAAUAUCUUUUUUUUCAUCAAUGGAGUUUACCAAAUUUUGAUUUAAUUUAAGUGCUGUUAUGUGACGUCUGCUGGCAGUUACCCUUUUUCCUCUAAGAGGAGUUGUAGUUUUAUUUAUAGCUGAUGUAGUUUCAGCUGGCUCACUCAAUGCAUAUCCAUGUUCUUCCUAUAAAGUUAUUUUUAAUACAUGAAAUUAAGACAAAAGUUUAGUAGCAUACCUGAUUUCCAAUGUUUAAACUGUUUAUUUCACUGCUUGUUGAUGGCUUGUUGAUGUCCAUAAGAUUUAAAUUGUUCUGAAAUUACAGUCAUAAUUAGUAUAAAUUGAGGUAUAAAUAUACCUAAUGAAUAUGUUGGACUGCAUUACAUACCUCAAAAUCAAAAGGUACAACAGUUUCUUCAAUAUUUUCAUGUCCAUAUGUUGAGCUAGGUGUUAUUAAUUCAAGAAUUACAUUUUCAUUUUGCGUCAUUUCGUUUGGUGGCUCACCACCUCCUGUUUGUCUCAUUUUUUUUUUUGUAUCGGAAGCCUUUUUUUUUGUUAUUCGUUUCAAAUCAGCCCAGGUCUAAAACGUUAAAAAAAUAUAAGGUUCAAUUACUUUUCUGUGACUGAUAAAUAAGAUUCACCUUUCCAUCGAGGUUCACUAAUUAGGUAAAAAUGGCUCAAUGAAGCAAAAUAUUUUAUUAGAGCAUAUUAAAUAUUAAAAACGUAAGCUACUGUGUGAAGAAAACUUUUUUUUAAACUUACUCUUCUCCAUUGUUUCCACCCCUUUUUGGCACCACCUGGAAUUGAGUUUAAAUUUUCACUUAAUCGGAUCCAUAAAUUUUGGGCUUCCUUAUGAGUAAAAGAAUCACUGAAUUUACUAGAACAUAGUUGACUAUGAUCUUUUAAAUAUUCCGUCAGUACAGUUUUUUGGAAUUCGGUAACUGCACCAGCCCUGUUUCCACUCAUUUCAAAGAUUUUGUUUUAUAAUUUGCUAUAAAAUUAAAACUUUGUGGAUGCAACAUGUAAAUAUUUGAGGUUAAUUUCUAUCUAAUUUCGUAAUUUCUACAAAAUAGUUCAAAAGUGACAUAAAACGUAGAUCAGAUACAUCAUAUAAAUUUGGCAACGUUGGUCUGAAUUAACGUGAAUUCACUUUCCCCGAGAAUUCAACAUUUUUAUGUGUUGUGUGAUGCGGUUAUUCGCUUCACAUAUCUAUGCCAUUGAAAUUCGUGUGAAGUCGAGAAUAGACCCCCUGUGUCAAUCAUGUCAUAAAAGAUAACCUUAAUUUUUUAAUUAAAUUAUUUAAAAGAUAUGAGAAAUUAUUUUAUUUUGUUACCAAAAUAAUGUAAGUUAUUUUAUCAUAUUAAAAGAAUGUUUUUCAACAAUCAGAGUAUUUUAUUAUUAUUGUAUACGUUUUGUAUUUUCCUCUUUGGGUGUUUCAUACGCUAUUUGGAAUAUUCAGACUUUUUCCUAUGUUAUAAUUGUCAAGAAGUAGAUAGUCCUGAAACUUUAUUUGAUUAUAUUGUAGUCGGUUGCGGUUCAGCUGGUUCUAUUGUGGCUAGAAGACUCGCAGAGAAUAAAAAAAUUAGAGUUUUAUUAUUGGAAGCGGGCAAUCAUGGAAAUAGCCUUCUUGACAUACCUUCAUUUGGAUUACUGCUGCAACAAACGCCUUUUGAUUGGCAAUAUACAUCUGUACCGCAAAAACGAAGUUGUUUAUCUUUGCAUAAUAAUGCAAGUAUAUGGCCAAUGGGAAAGAUGGUAGGUGGAACUGGUAUGUUGAAUAAUAUGAUAUAUGUAAGAGGUCACCCGGAAGAUUUUAACAAUUGGUUUAAAGAAAAAGAAGGAUAUUCGUUUAAGGAAUAUGUCUUGCCUUACUUCAAAAAAGUGGAAAAAUGGACACAUGAAAGUGAUUAUGGUUCUGUUUAUAUUAGCAAUUUGUCAUUUUCCACAAAAUUGUCAUCGUAUGUACUAAAAGCUGCUAAAGAAUUAAAUUUUGACAUUACACAACAUACCGAAAAUUGUGAAGAGGGUUUUGGACUUCCGAAGAUCAAUUCAAUAAACGGCCAACGUUGGACACCAGCUAACAUGCUUCUUAAAAAAGGUACUCCAAACAUAAUUCUCCGUACCAAACGUAUUGUAGAAAAGAUUUUAUUCCAUAAUAAUUUUGAAGCUUAUGGCGUUAAAUAUAGCUAUUUGGGAGACACGUACAUUGCCAGAGCAUCGAAAGGAGUUAUUUUGUCAGCAGGUAAAUAUUUUGCAACCUUUUAA